AUGUCGCCAGAAUACUGGGAGAUACAAAACAAUCGCAAAGAACACAAGGGCGACAUCGAACUUGAUCCGAAUGUCAAAAAGUCAUUAGAACUCCCCCCGUCGGCUCAUUUUCGCUGUGAAGGCCACGGGGCAAGCAACUGGAACACGACAGCUCGAAUCGAAGCCGAGGUCGAUGGGAACCAACUGUCAUACUUUUUGAAGCUGGCGGAGGGAAGAGAAGCUCGCUACAUGCUUGAAGGGGAGUACGAGUCCUCAAAAUUGAUCAAUAAAGCCAUUCCAAAUCUCUCUCCAAAACCAUUAGCCUGGGGGAAAUGCGAGAAGCCCGGGGGCGAUUUUGACAAGUACUUCCUCAUCUUCACAUUCCACUCACUGCUUGAAGACAAACCCAAGCCUAGACCCGACAUUCCGCGUUUCGCCGAAGCAGUGGCUCAGCUCCAUACCCUUAGCAUGAAAGAGUAUGCCACGUCGAACCCUGAUGAAAAGUUUGGAUUCCAUGUAACCACCUACAACGGGACGCUUCCGCAGGACAAUACUUGGACCAAGUCCUGGAGAGAAUUCUACGUUACAGGAAUGGAGCGGAUGCUGGCACUAGAGGAAGAAGCAAGAGGGCCGAGUGAUGAACUGAAGAAGCUUUCAGAACCCUUCCUCAGAAAGGUCAUCCCAAGGCUUCUUGAUCCCAUGGAAACAAAUGGCAGAAGCAUCAAGCCUGUGCUGCUUCAUGGUGAUUUGUGGUUAGGAAACGUCUCUUGCCAGAAGGCGUCUGAAAAUAACGAUCCGCUGUUGUUCGAUGCUGCAGCUUUCUGGGGCCACCAUGAGUACGAGCUUGCUACUCUGCGUCCCUUGGCAGAUGAUUGGAUCAACGAGUGUUAUAGAGCUUACCACGAGCUCGUUCCAAAAUCCGACCCCGAGGAAGACUGGGAUGCCCGCAAUGCCCUCUAUGCAACGCGCCUCAUCAUCCACGACUCGGCAAUUUACCCGGAUCAACCUCACUUCAGAGAAAUGUUGAUUGACGAGAUGCGAAAGCUGGUGGAGCGGUUUGCCUCGUGUCAUGAUGAGCAUUGA